GUAAUCGAAAACUAGUAGUGGUAUAAGGUAAGAAUUGCAUAUAAAUAGGCGCGAAUGGUUGGCCAGUUUAAUGGUAUAGUGUAAAACACAAAUAAACUUCUUUAGUUUACACAUAUAACCUAAGCUUCAAAUAUCCUAUCAAGGGAAAAAUGGCCUCAGCACAAGAAGCGAUUGUUAUGAAUGACGCGGAGAAAGCAGUCGUGGAGAAGAUGGUAGAGGUGGCUAAAAGCAUUGGCACGACAGAAAAGGAUACGGCUGUUGAUGCUAAGAAUAUGAAACAAACUAGUGCAGUUGUUGCCAUGACAAACUCCACCUUUGCAAGUAUUAAUUUCUCAAAAUUUCAUAACUGGUUUGGGCAAAUUUCGGGUAGUUAUCCUAAAGUUAUUACUAAAGGGUCUCAUGCAACUUUUACCCAUAAGGCGGAUGCUAAGAAUGGAUCCAAGAGCGCGAUAGUGUAUUUAGGCACAAACAAAGAAGGAAUUCCAUGUGGAUGGCUUAUGGCUUGGUGUGCACCCAUUGAUCCUUCCCCAACGAAACGUAACAAGGUGUAUGUUACCUGUGGCAAAGCUGCUGAUUUUAAUAAUGUGAAUUGGAAUCAAGUCCAAACUAAGUUGGAUGCAUCUACUGAUCUUGUUAAUUACUAUGACCCAACAACUAAGACUGCAAUUCAUGCCAACAUCCAACCAGGGUCCAACUUCGCAUCAGUUGGGGCUAGCUUUGGAGCUGUUUAAGCACCACGGUACGAACAACUUAUAUGGACUAGGAUUACUUCCUCUUAUAAUAAGUACGAGUACAUAUUCACGGGUCACUCGUAAUUAUACAUGUUGGCUGGCUAGUACGUUCUUAUCAUGACUUGCAUGUUAAAUAAAUAUUUUAAUAUUGUACUUUAAUAAUAGACCCGACUUGUAUCCAUCUGUAUUACUCUAUUGUAUACAUAUGUAAUAAAAAAUAUGUGCUUGCUUGUUUGGUUACCCUUAA